CUUAUUAUAAGUUAACAUCUCUGAUUCUAAUUUUGUACAAUACACAACAAAAAGUUCAACGAGCUGGACAUGUCAAAAUGUAUGAUUCCUACAAGCGAUGGUAGCACUGCUAGUAGGCACCCGAAAUAGUACGAUUGGCCACCAAGUAUUAUAUUUAUUUUAAAAUAAUAAUAAGACAAAGUAACGGAAAAAUGAAUAUUAUUCUUUAGUGAUUUAUUUGAUAUUUAAAUUUGCGUUUGGAAAUAAUUUGCAUAUAUUCUCAUUUUCGAAAUAUAUUGACUGCGGGAACUGUAUCAACAGACAACAACAACACGAACAAAAUAAAAACACAUGUAAAACAACAAAAGCAGCAAAACAAAAAACAAGCAAACGAAAGCAAAACAAAGAGAAGAAGAAAAGAGUUUGCCGUAAAGAAUAAAAUUUUUUAGAAAAUUUCAGUUACACUUGUAACUCAAAUUUUAAUCCUACGAAUCAUACACUUGCAUUUGUCGCGUACUAUGGAAUAUCGUUUGUCUGAUAAAAUAAGCAAGUUUGAAGCAGAGUAUUAUUUUCAGACAAUUGAAAUGGCCAAAUCGGAUGAGGAAUAUGAAGUUGAGUUGUGCAAUACUCCCCCUGCACUGUCAUCAGACAUACUCGAUUUGCAUAAAGUGCAAGAUGAACCAACUUUGUGUCCGUGGCGAUUUGUAACGCGAAGGCGUCGUUCACAGCGUCGAUAUACUUUUAACGGUAUUCAGGGUGCACCACCAGCGCCACCGUCCACUCCCACAUCUUUGACUGCUGCUGGCACAACAACACCCUCUCCUACUGCAACUAAUGAAGAUCGACUCAAUAAUAUGCUAUAUAUAUUAGAUUAUGCGCCUAAGUACAAAAAGAAGCUCAAAGAGCAACAGCGUACUGAUGCUGAACUAGCUGACCUGCUGAGUGUGGUGACUAUAACUGGUAGCAGUGGCGGCGGUGCAAAUGGUGGAGGUGGUGGGCAAAGUAUUGAUCGCAUAAGUGCCAAUUCGCGCGCAAUACGGAAACCGAAAUGUGCUUUCAGAUCUUUUAAAGUGCAUCGAAGCCUCGAGAAACCUGAGUUUUAUGGUGUAUUGGAUGAAGAAGAUUCUGUUUCAGCACCUGAAUAUGAUACUGAAGAAGAGGAUACAUUGUAUCGACGCCGUUUUGCGCGCAAAUCAUAUGCCAUACGAAGAGGUGUGCGGUCCAGGCGAUUGGCAAAAUUUGAGCAUCAGGAGCGUAUGGAAGCUAUUUCAGACAUUUUCGAUACAGCUAUGAGCUUCAAUGAAGCAUAAUUUUAUUAAAUAUGUUGCUCCGUACUCAAAUGGCGCUUAUUUUACUCAUUUUUUGGGUCUAUUGUGAUGAUUUUGAAUUUUUUUCGUAAAUAUUUGUUCUCUACUUUUUUUAAGUGCGUAAAUAUAAUUAAUUUCAGUGUUUUAAGUUAAAACAAUAUGUAUGUGUAAUUAACAAAUCUAUUUCAAUGAUGAGACUCUAAAGUUCUAAGUAUGUUUCUCUCUUAAGAAAUGUUCCAUUUGCUGUUGAAAUAUAUUCCAAAAUAAAUUGCAAACGAAUGUGUAUUUUAAGUU